GGCGCUAAGGCUGAAUCUCAUAAUUUUUCGCUUGUCAGCCGUACUAACUGACGUUAUGUUGUAAACAAAAAUCAGCUGAGUUCUUUCAUCAAGAUUUUAUUAACCAUAAAAAUAUUUUUAUUAUUUUUCUAAGAAAUGGUCUCUUGAUUUUUAAUAAUGUCGGAAAAUAAACAAGCAACAGAAGAAACUAUAAAUCCUAAAGUACAUGUUGAAUACUGCGGAGUCUGUGAUUACGGAGGUCAUUGCCUGGCGCUUGCGAGAACUAUUCGAGAGAAUACUCCUAAUGCCGUGGUGCACUGCAAGAGGGGGCGGCAGGGAUCUUUUGAGGUUGCAGUGAAUGAUAAGUUAAUCUAUUCCAAACUACAAACUAUGGCACUACCUGACUAUGCCGAAGUGGCACAAGUUGUGAAUGACGUAUCACAGGGAAGCGAGCCAAAGGAAAUCAAAGGACAACAACCAAUCAAUUGCGUAAUAUCUUAAUAUUUAUUUACUUAUAGUUAUUAAAAAUAUUUAUAACAAUUGGUAAUA